AACUCAUUGGAAAGCUCUAUGUUAAACCCCGUUCAACCUUGACCCAAAUGUACAGAGAGAAUAUACUAUUUCUAUUACUCAAAACACAAUACAAUUCAACAUCCUUACAAUACUAAUUAAACUCCUAAUAUAGUCAAUUAAUUGCUAAUACAAAAGACUGAAACACCCUUAGCAUCCUAUCACUCUGAACCGGAGGAGAACAUCACCAACGCUCUUUCUGGCCCAAGUGAAAAUACUGUAUCUCUAAAUCCCGAGAUAGAGAAGAAAAUGGAAGAAGCUCCUAAACAGCAACAUGAGGGAAAGCAGGAUUCGAGCCUGCCUCUCCAUUUUAAUCUUGAUGAUAUUGCAAAGUUAAGGAAGUUAGUGCCCCCAACGCGUGAUGAUCCUAAUAGGUUUCCAAAGUUCAUCUUCAAAAUGGUGAUGAGCCAUCUUGAAAACAAAGAUAGUGAUGCUGGUGGUGAAGAUGUCGGGACAUCGAUCUGUGAGGAGGAGGAGUCGGAGGUGGAUGUUAUGGAUCUGGGUGACGAUCCUGAAUUAUGGCCAGAUGAGCUGUAUGAUGAGUAUUACAGAGAGGAACAGGAGAAGAUGCAGAAGGGGUUGGAGAGGUUGGCUGCGAGGAUGGGGAAGCGAGUGGAAGAAAUUUGGUGGUGAAGAAAAGUAAAAGAGACGUCAAGUGGCUGGGCUUCAAUAUUUCUAGUAUUUUUCAUGUUCUGAAUAAAUUAAUUAAUGCUGACUCACAAAUGGAAUUGGUUUCCCAUUCCAGCUGUUCUAGAUAUGUUUCUUUGUUGUUGCAUUUUAAUUAAAGUCUUGGAAACGAAUAGAGCACCAAGGACUAGUAUGAGUGUCUGUUCCGUUCAUUCACAAGUAAUGCAAAA